AUGUCUGACAUUAACUCGAGGUUGACUAGCGGAAAGAGAUAUGAAGUUGAAAGAAACAAGGCGGUUUUGGAAAGACUAAUCGAUAUUAUAAAAUUAAUUGGUAAGAGAGGUCUAAGUUACCGUGGUGCCAGGGAUGCAGAAGCUGCAUACACAUUAAAUGAUUCUUCAUUAGACCACGGGAAUUUUUUGGAGAUAGUCAUGCUUUUAUCUAAAUAUGAUCCAGUUUUUAAAGAACAUACAGAUAGAGCUAUUUACAAAAGUCAAAAAUCUAAAAACCGUCAAACUGUAUCUAGACCAGGCCGACCUGGUGGUCUGGUAACUUUUCUAUCAAAAACCAAUGUAGAUUAUAUUAUAGAAAUAAUUGGAUCUUUAAUGAAAACAACUAUUGCUGAAAAUAUUAGAAAAGCACCGUUUUUUACAAUACAAAUUGAUUUUACCCAAGAUAUUAAUGUACAUGACCAGCUUGCAAUUAUUAUUAGGUUUGUGACUGAUGAUAUAGAUGAAAAACUAUUAGCUAUUAUUGAUUGUAAAAGUGGGAAAGAUGUUAAAAACUGUAUUGGCAGCUCUACAGAUGGCGCAAGUAAUAUGCGAGGUCAAUACAAUGGUUUUUCAUCAUGUUUAAAUAAAGAAUCACCUGAGCAAGUACAUGUAUGGUGUUAUGCACAUAUACUCGACCUUGUUAUGAUUGAUACAACUCAAGUAUGCAAUGAAAGUACUACAUUAUUUGGUUUGUUAAAUUCAAUAGCAGUGUUUGUCAGAGAAUCAUAUCUUAGAAUGAACAAAUGGCAUGAAAAUAGCAAGUAUAAAUUUAUUUCUUGUAUCGGAGAUACACGUUGGUGGGCUAAAGACAGAUGCUUAGCAAAAGUAUUCGGUACCUAUUUAAAUCCUAAUGAAUGCUUGUAUGUUGAAAUUAUACAGACAUUAAAUGAAAUUUAUGAAUCAAAUGGAUUUGCUCAAGAUGUGCGCUUUAAAGCAAAAUGUUUUAUUGAUGGUCUUUUAAAAUAUGAAACUACUAAAAGAAUGAAUAUUGUACAUGCAUUUAGCAUGGUAAAAACUACAAUUAGUACUUUGCAGUCUAAAGCCAGAGACUUUAAUCAUAUUAAAGAUUUGACAAGGACAUUUAUUGAAUGGGCCAAUUGUCAAAUAGAUGACGUAGAAUUAGAAUACAAUAUUGAAGAAAAGUUUCCCAUGAAAAGAAUUAAAAAGAAAAAAAAGAUGCCGGGAGAAAUACCUAAUUGGCCAAAAAGAAUACAAAAAUUGUAA